AUGUGCAGUGUAAAAGCAAGUUUCUUCCGUCCUUGGGACAGUGUUGACUCGGAAUCUCUCUCCAAAUUCGACGACGCGGAUUUGAGUGCCAACAUAAAAAGUGAAUACGAGGAAGAAAACAAAAGUGUUUCUUCGCGGAGUGACGAUUCGCCAAACGGCAGCUUGGACAUGUUAUCGAACUUUGUGUUCAACUCUUCAAGGGAUUUGACCACCUUUGAAGGAUCAAUCGAGCGAACUGACCGGACUAAUUCGCCUUGUGACUCCUGUCCUUCAAUAGCGUCACCCAAUUCCGCGUUUACGCCUACAUAUACGCCAAUCUCCAUGGAUUACUUGUCAGGACUAGGAGCUGGACAGUUCAUGUCCUAUGACACUGUUAACCUUCUUCAGUCACCGAUUUACUAUCCUGGUCACUAUCCUUCAGUGGAAGAAGCUGUCAGAUUGAUUCAUCAGCAAGAUAUCGCCGCUAAACAAAUGAAGAAACUCAGGCCAAAGAAAUUUCGCUGUGAACAUUGCAAUGUUGCUUUUAGCAACAAUGGCCAGCUUCGAGGACAUGUCAGGAUCCAUACUGGUGAAAGACCCUUCGAAUGCGACUCAUGCGGCAAAAAAUUCACGAGAAACGAAGAACUGACACGCCAUAAAAGAAUUCACACUGGGCUGAGGCCUCACGCAUGUGUAAUCUGCGGAAAACGGUUUGGUAGAAAAGAUCAUCUCAAAAAACACACCAGGACUCACGAUAACCGCGGACCAUUCACCCUUCCUCACAUAGGAGCUUUUGGACAUCCCUCUUUGUUGUCGCCUUACUUCUACUCACCUUAA